AUGGCGACCACUUCUAACAUGUUCCUUUACUCGCUGACGAUCCAGCCGCCAACCAAUGUCGUCCAAGCGGUUCUGGGUCAGUUCGCGGGCACCAAGGAGCAGCUCAUCAUCACGGGUGCUGGGUCACGGUUGGCUCUCUUACGGCCUGACCCGUCCCAGGGAAAGGUCAUCACACUAUUGUCUCAUGACAUCUUCGGCAUUAUCAGGUCUUUGGCCGCCUUUCGCCUAGCCGGCAGCAAUAAGGACUACUUAAUCUUAGCAACUGACUCUGGUCGGAUCACGAUUAUUGAGUAUCUUCCGAAAGAGAAUCGAUUCCACAAGCUGCAUCUGGAGACUUUUGGAAAGUCUGGCGUGCGGAGAGUUAUUCCUGGAGAAUAUCUCGCUUGUGACCCCAAGGGGCGCGCGUGUCUCAUUGCAUCCAUUGAGAAGAACAAGCUCGUAUACGUGCUCAAUCGAAACUCCCAGGCAGAGCUCACCAUCUCCUCGCCCCUCGAGGCUCACAAGCCUGGAGUCUUAGUCAUUUCCAUGGUAGCACUCGAUGUUGGAUAUGCCAACCCCGUGUUUGCUGCUCUAGAGAUGGACUAUACUGAGGCGGAUCAAGAUGCUACAGGAGAAGCUUUGCGAGAGCUGGAAACUCAGCUGGUCUACUAUGAGCUUGAUCUCGGUCUCAAUCACGUUGUGAGAAAGUGGUCAGAGCCUGUAGACUCAACUGCCUCGCUGCUAUUCCAGGUACCUGGUGGCAAUGAUGGGCCCAGUGGCGUCCUGGUGUGUGGCGAGGAAAACAUCACAUACCGCCAUUCCAACCAAGAGGCUUUCCGAGUGCCAAUUCCCCGCCGACGAGGAGCAACGGAGGAUCCGUCCAGAAAGCGCACCAUCAUCUCUGGUGUCAUGCACAAGCUCAAGGGCAGCGCUGGCGCUUUCUUCUUCCUACUCCAGACCGAGGACGGUGACAUGUUCAAGGUUACAAUCGACAUGGUAGAGGACGAAGAAGGCAACACUACAGGUGAAGUCAGAAGGCUCAAAAUCAAGUAUUUCGAUACAGUCCCAGCUGCAGCUAGUCUCUGUAUUUUGAAGAGCGGCUUCCUCUAUGUUGCCAGCCAGUUCGGAAACUUCUCCUUCUACCAAUUCGAAAAACUUGGAGACGAUGACGAAGAGUUGGAGUUUACCAGCGACGACUUCCCUGUCGAUGCACAGGCUUCGUAUAAUCCCGUCUACUUCUAUCCCCGGCCAUUGGAAAAUCUGGUCCUCGUUGAGAGCAUUCCUUCCAUGAACCCUCUUCUUGACUGCAAGGUUGCCAACUUGACCAACGAGGAUGCGCCUCAGAUUUAUACCAUUUGUGGCAACGGUGCUCGAAGCACAUUCCGGACACUGAAGCACGGACUUGAGAUUAAUGAAAUCGUGUCCUCUGAGCUGCCCGGCAUCCCAUCUGCUGUUUGGACGCUGAAGCUGAAUCGAACUGCACAUAUCGGAGAGACGGUGGAAGAAGUCAGCGACUCUGGCUUUCUUACCAGUGUCCCAACUCUGGCUGCCCAGCUGCUCGGUGAUGACGGUCUGAUUCAAGUCCACCCCAAGGGUAUUAGGCAUAUCCGUAAUGGGCAAGUUAACCAGUGGGACGCUCCACAGCACCGGUCUAUCGUGGCCGCUUCAACCAACGCCCACCAAGUAGCUAUUGCCCUAAGCUCUGGUGAAAUUGUCUAUUUCGAGAUGGAUGAUGACGGUUCACUGGCAGAAUACGACGAGAAGAAAGAAAUGUUCGGAACAGUUACGUGCCUAAGCCUGGGCGAAGUUCCUGAAGGCAGAUUGCGAAGUUCUUUCCUUGCAGUUGGCUGUGACGACUGCACAGUCCGUAUUUUGAGCCUUGACCCAGAGUCUACUCUUGAAAACAAGUCAGUGCAAGCACUGACAGCAGCGCCCACCUCCCUCGCCAUCAUUUCCAUGGAAGACUCGUCAUCAGGCGGCUCCACCCUCUACCUACACAUCGGCCUCUACUCAGGCGUCUACUUGCGGACUGUCUUGGAUGAAGUUACUGGCGAAUUAACAGACACGCGACAGAAGUUUCUGGGGCCGAAGCAAGUGAGACUAUUCCAGGUAACGGUCCAGGGAAGGACUUGUGUACUUGGUCUAAGCUCUCGACCAUGGCUGGGAUAUGCUGAUCCCAUCACCAAGACCUUUGUCGUCACUCCCCUCAACUAUGUUGAUCUGGAAUGGGGCUGGAAUUUUACAAGCGAGCAGUGCGAGGAAGGCGUCGUGGGUAUUCAAGGACAAACUCUACGGAUUUUCUCUGUCGACCGACUUGGCGACACACUCAUCCAGAGUUCAAUUCCCUUGACUUACACGCCCAAGAAGAUGGUGAAGCAUCCAGAUCAUCCUCUUUUCUAUGUGAUUGAGGCGGAUAAUCACACUCUUGCUCCUGAGCUCUGCGCCAAAUUGCUUGCAGACCCAGCCCGUGUCAAUGGGGACACCAAGGUUCUUCCACCAGAAGAAUUUGGGCACCCCAGAGGCAACCGACGCUGGGCCUCGUGUAUCAGCGUCGUUGACCCUCAAGCCGAAGAUGGUCAAGUUCUGCAAAGAAUAGACCUAGAGGAGAAUGAGGCCGCAGUCAGUGUGGCCAUCGUGACGUUUGCCAGUCAGGAGAACGAAACCUUCCUGGUCGUUGGAACCGGGAAAGAUAUGGUCGUGAACCCUCGCAGUUUUUCUGAUGCAUUCGUCCAUAUCUACCGGUUUGAGAACGACGGCAGGGGUCUAGUAUUCAUCCACAAAACCAAGGUCGAAGAGCCUCCUAUGGCCAUGAUACCUUUCCAAGGACGAGUGUUAGUGGGCAUUGGAAAGACACUCCGCAUAUACGAUCUCGGUAUGCGGCAGCUGCUACGAAAGGCCCAAGCCGAAGUCGCACCACAGCAGAUCAUCUCUCUAAGUACUCAAGGUAACCGAAUUGUUGUUGGAGACGUGCAGCAAGGCAUAACCUACGCUGUCUACAAGCAGUCAACAAACAAACUCAUUCCUUUCGUGGACGACACCGUCGCCAGAUGGACGACUUGCACAACGAUGGUAGAUUAUGAGACGGUUGCCGGUGGAGACAAAUUUGGCAACAUCUUCAUCGUGCGCUCUCCACAGAAGGCCAGUGAAGAGGCCGAUGAGGAGCAAGCAGGACUCCAUCUACUCAACGCCAGAGAUUACCUUCACGGAACCUCUCAUCGCCUGGAUCUGAUGUGCCACCUCUUCACUCAGGACAUUCCAACGAGCAUUGCCAAAACCAGCUUGGUAGUUGGAGGGCAGGACGUCCUGUUGUGGAGCGGACUUAUGGGCACUAUUGGUGUUUUGAUUCCGUUUGUUACGCGAGAAGAUACAGACUUCUUCCAAAGUCUAGAACAGCAUAUGAGGGCCGAGGAUCCUCCUCUGGCAGGCCGAGACCACCUAAUGUACCGCAGCUACUAUGCACCCAUGAAGGGCAUCAUUGACGGCGAUCUCUGCGAGAGAUAUGCUCUGCUUCCAAAUGAUAAGAAGCAAAUGAUUGCAGGGGAGCUGGACCGCUCUGUCCGAGAAAUUGAGCGGAAAAUAUCGGACAUCCGAACUCGGUCUGCCUUUUAA